AUGUCUCAUAUCUUAGAAAAAGGUGAAGCAUUUUCAUUGCCACUUUCUGAAGAAAAAACUUCUAGCUCCGAAGAAAGUGAAGAUUUAGAAGAACAUAAAUCAGAUAAAAAUAUUACCAAUGAAUCUGAAAAGGCAGAAAGCAAUAAAUGCAGUUAUGCAUAUACUUUCGAAAAAAAAAAUGAUAUUGAAAGUGACAGCUCCAAUGACUUUGACAAUUCAAUAGCAAAUACAAUUCUCUCCUAA